AUGGCAUCCGACACGCGCUCAACCCCGCCGCCAUCUACCGGCACUCCAGCCCGCGGAGAACUCACCCCCGAGCAACGGAAGAGGAUCGAAAUAAACCGCAUGAAAGCCAAAGCCAUCCGCGAGCAACGCGAAGCCGAGCAGCGCGCCGCAGCAGCGCAACCACCAAAAGGCGUAAAACGCAGCUACUCGGCCCUCACCUCCGAAACACCAUCUACACUCCGCGAUGCCAACAAUGCCGCCGAGCGCCCGCUCAACGCCAUCAAGCCCGCGCGCAACUUCACCAAGUUCGUCGAGUACGACUUCAGCAAGAUGACCGACACGAAAGGCGGGUUUCUAGCGGCGGAAGACGACCCCUUCAACAAGGCGCUCCAUGUGAAAGACGGGAGGGACGAGAAACCGGCCAAUAUGACGCAGAAGGAGUGGGAGCGGCAGCAACUAUUGAAGUCGCUGCGGCGGGACCGCGCGGGCCCGUUCGAGCCGGGGAUCAGCGUGCUGGAUGAGAAGAGCGAGCAGAAGGUUUGCCGGGAGUGCGGGAAUCUCGAGAUCGAUUGGCGGUGGGCGGAGGAAUUGCAGUGUCGGGUUUGCCAUGCGUGCAAGGAGAAGUUUCCGGAGCGGUAUAGUUUGCUGACGAAGACGGAGGCGAAGGAGGAUUAUUUGCUGACGGAUCCCGAACUCCGCGACACCGAACUCCUCCCGCAUAUCGAACGCCCGAACCCGCACAAAUCAACCUGGAACAACAUGAUGCUCUUUCUGCGGUACCAGGUUGAAGAGUACGCGUUCUCGGAUAAGAAAUGGGGGUCCCCCGAGGCGCUGGACGCCGAGUUCGAGAAGCGCGAGAACGACAAGAAGCGGCGGCGAGAGGUGAAGUUCAAAACGAAACUGGAUGAUCUGAAGAAGCGGACGCGGGUGGAAGCGUAUCGGCGGAAUCGACAAGGGGCAGCGGGCGGGAAUUUCGGCGAUGAGAUUGGGGGGCGGGGGAAGCAUGUGCAUCAGUGGGGGAGAUCGAUUAUGGAUCCGGAGACGGGGAUCGGGACGAAGAAGUGCGUAGAUUGUGGGAUGGAGGUUGAGGAGUUGGAGUUCUAA